AUGGAGGUUCUCCAGAGCUCGGUUCAGCAAUAUGCCUGGGGCAAGAAAGGCUCCGACAGCGUGGUGGCCAAGCUCAAAGGCCUUGGAGACGCGGAGUACACCGUGAAGCCGGAGGAAAAUUACGCCGAGAUGUGGAUCGGGACCCACCCCAGCGGGCCCAGCCGUGUCGUGAGAGACGGAAGUCCGGGGCCUCUGCUCAAGGAAAUUCUUGACGACAACCCGCAUGUACUGGGAGCAAUCCGGUGGAAGGGAGACCUCCCCUUUUUGUUCAAGGUUAUCUCCAUCAGCAAGGCCCUCAGCAUCCAGGCGCACCCCGACAAGCGCUUGGCGGAACGGCUGCACGCGGAGAGACCCGACGUGUACAAGGACGACAACCACAAGCCCGAGAUGGCGGUGACUCUCUCGGACUUCGAGGGGCUCUGCGGAUUCAGACCGUUCUACGAGAUCGUCUGGAACCUGCACGCCUACCCCGAGCUGCGCAGCAUGGUUUCGUACGGUGCGUUGAAGGCGGUGUGCAAGGCCGGGGACGACGUCGAAAGGCAGCGGUCGGCGCUCAAGAAGCUCUUCGGGUCGUUCGUCAAGUGCGACAAGAACGUGGUCCGCACUCAGGUGGCCGCCCUAGUCAGCCGGCUCGAGAAAAACUUCCCCGCCGAGGCGACCCCGGACGACGUCUCCGCCUCCAUGAACGGCCUCAAGAUAGACCAGGCGCCCGAGCCGCUGCGCGAAGUCCUCGCGGCCAAGUCCGCCGCCGGACAAGACAACGGUGGUGCCGUCCCCGACGAGCAGAAGACGCUCAACAAGAACCCUUCCAUGCACCUGGGAGGCUACGUCUUCAAGGGGGGGGAGCAGGGCGGGGCCCCGUCCCCUCCGCCGACCCUGGGCACCGUGCCGUCGUUUUCGGUGGGAAGCCCCUCCAGGGACGGAGCCGAUUGCGAUGCUAGCGUUUCGUCCCCCCCCGGGGCCGAGGAGAGAAAGCGCGCGGAGGACGUGCUCGCGGACGUGGAUAAGUCGGAGGAGAUCUUCGGGAAGGCUUUCAGGGGGGGGCCCAAGGCGGCGGCCGGGCUCAUGGCGCGGCUCCAGCGAGAGGAUGCGGACUCGCAGCGCGUCAUGCUGCGGUUGUCGAAGGAGUACCCGGGCGACCUCGGCAUCCUCAUGCCGCUCAUGCUUAACCUGCUGCACUUGAAGCCGGGCCUGGCGUUCUUCAUGACCGUGGACGAGCCGCACGCCUACCUUCGCGGUGACAUUCUUGAGGUGAUGGCGUGCUCCAACAACGUGGUGCGAGCGGCCCUGACGCCCAAGUUCCGCGACGUUAACCUUCUCGUGGAGAUGCUCACGUACAACAUGGGCGCCCCUGCGGUGCUCCCCGCCGAAACGGUGGACGCGUGUCGCAAGCGCUACACGCCGCCGAUCAACGACUUCGAAAUCCAGAUCCUCCAGGUGCCUGCGAAUGAGCGGUACGAGCUGGAAGCCAUGCCCGUGCCUGUGGUGAUGGUGGCCUUGGAGGGAGGGGACGGGGGACGCGUGAUCGAGAGCAAGACCGAUCGAGAGAUCAAGGCUUGCGAGGGCGGAGUGUUUUUCCUCCCGGCCUUCACGCCUGUUCAGUGAACCCGCCGGGUAGGGAGCUACAGCAGUCUUUUUGCGUUAGACAUGUGAACACGAUGAAUUAUCUACAUUUGCUGUUUCGAAAGCGGUGUACUCGUCCGUUGCUCGAAGGUGCGGCCUGGCUUUGACCCUGACCCACCUCCCCUACAGUACUGUACAAGGUAGACGAGAAAAUCUUCUCGCUUGCCGUAAGAGCUCAACUAGAACUUGUUCCUCGAUGUUGCUCACUCACUCUUCGGUCUUGAUGAAUAUUUUUUGAGUGCUCGGUGUCUAUUCUUGCGCAACCCCCCCCCCUACCCUGCGGGGGUGACCGCUCUUCCAAAAGGCGGGGUGUGUGCACGCAUCUCUCCAAGUUUGGGCGCGGUGCCGUGUUGUCCCGCCUCCUCCGCUCACGGAAGGUUUUCACGGUUGCGUACCUCAGGUUUUGGUCCUGAGGUUUUUCUUUGCCCUGAUUUUACGGUGCGGUUCUUGGGAUGGGGCGUGCUUCUUUUACCUGUUUCGCUACCCGGUUCUUGUCACGAUAUGACUGCGUUUCCCAUGGAACGUGAGAGGACAAAAUAUGAUGUAUCUCACCACGUAUUUUUUUUUUUGCUUUGCGGGAAAGGUUGUGAUGAAACGAUUGACAAGCGGGAGAGAGAAGCGACAGCUUCGCGAAGAAGCGGGUGCCGUACUAUAGUGGAACGGGGGACGUAAUCUACGCUGUGUGCUGUUUUUUUCCCCGGCUGCCGGUUAGCCCGGUUAUUAGUGAAUGCUUCAUGUGAACCGAGAGACCGUAUAGAGUUGGUUUGUUCCCUGCUGUCUCGUGACUUGCGUAUUGGAGUCUUAUGUGUGCAGGCCUACCUAGUCUGGAAUAGGAAGUGAAACCAUGUCGUACAGGUGGUGGAUGGAUGGAUGGGCGGGUUGGCGAACAAUCUGUUGUGUUCUCCAGCGCAUUGUCAGGCCGGACGUGAUGAGACUCCGGUUUUGCUGUGAGGUAUCAUCCGGUUUUUCCAUGAGCCGUUUGGCUACAGCAGUCUCGUCGGAGGGACAACAAGAGAUGGUAUCGUGUCUUGUCUCAGCGCGUCAGUCGCAGGCAUGCUCCUCUAAUUGGUGUGAGUGGCUUUAUUGUUUGGAAACUUGUGGUGGAAGCAUGUUUUGUCUCGAGGCACUUUGCCCUCCUGCUGCACGGAGCGUGCGGUAAAUAUGUAAGUUGAUGUUGACGCCCAAGGCGGUGGUUGGUGUAGUCUAGCCGCUCGCUGGACGCAGCAGGUAGGUAGGUGAACGUGAACUAAAACGCACAGCAACCAAUUUGCUUCAUCUUCCGGGAGACGAAAGUCAAACCAAGAAUGGGGGUUCGGUUGGUUUGUCUUGUCC